CAGUCUUGACGACCCGCCUCGGGUUCCCGGGCUCUGUGCAGGCAGGAACCUCGCGAGCCCGGCGCUCCGACCGGAAGUCGAGGGGAGGUGCCUAAUGUCGCGGGCUGCCGAAUGCCGGAAGUUGUGCUCUUGGUCAAUGGGGUUUUUCCUUCUUUAUUUCCCCGUGGCUGUACUUCCAAUUUAGAAAGAUUCCGGCGACCUGUUCUUCACUCCCGCUUCGCCCUCAGACUUCCGGGAUGUCUGCGAUUCCUGCUGAGGAGAGCGACCAGCUGCUGAUCCGACCCCUUGGAGCUGGGCAAGAAGUAGGAAGAUCAUGUAUUAUUCUGGAGUUCAAAGGAAGAAAAAUAAUGCUGGACUGUGGGAUCCACCCUGGCCUAGAAGGAAUGGAUGCUCUUCCUUAUAUUGAUUUAAUUGACCCUGCUGAGAUUGAUCUCCUAUUAAUUAGUCAUUUCCAUUUGGAUCACUGUGGAGCUUUGCCCUGGUUUCUGCAGAAGACAAGUUUCAAAGGAAGAACAUUUAUGACUCAUGCCACAAAAGCUAUUUAUAGAUGGCUUCUUUCGGAUUAUGUCAAAGUUAGUAACAUAUCAGCGGACGACAUGCUGUAUACUGAGACAGAUUUGGAGGAAAGUAUGGACAAGAUUGAAACUAUCAACUUUCAUGAAGUUAAGGAAGUUGCAGGAAUCAAGUUUUGGUGUUACCACGCAGGCCAUGUCCUGGGAGCCGCCAUGUUUAUGAUUGAGAUCGCGGGUGUGAAGCUUUUGUACACAGGUGAUUUCUCAAGACAAGAAGAUAGGCACUUAAUGGCAGCGGAAAUUCCUAAUAUUAAACCUGACAUUCUUAUCAUUGAAUCUACUUACGGGACCCACAUCCAUGAGAAACGUGAAGAGCGAGAAGCGAGAUUCUGUAACACUGUCCACGAUAUUGUAAAUAGAGGGGGCAGAGGUCUUAUUCCUGUCUUUGCUCUUGGAAGGGCUCAGGAGCUGCUCUUGAUUCUGGGUAUGCUAUUUCCUUUUUAUUGUUUUAUCAAGAUGAUAACAUGGCCUUGGCAUAUCAUGUCUGAACCUGAAGAAAUCACUACCAUGUCUGGACAGAAGUUACCACUGAAAAUGUCUGUUGAUUACAUUUCUUUCUCUGCUCACACGGAUUACCAGCAAACCAGUGAAUUUAUCCGUGCUUUGAAACCUCCUCAUGUGAUUUUAGUCCAUGGAGAACAGAACGAAAUGGCCAGAUUAAAAGCAGCACUGAUUCGAGAAUAUGAAGAUAAUGAUGAAGUUCACAUAGAGGUUCAUAAUCCUCGGAAUACAGAAGCAGUGACCUUAAACUUCAGAGGAGAAAAACUAGCCAAGGUAAAAGAUUAUACUGACUUGGCCAUGAGCACUGUGAAACAGACCCAAGCCAUCCCAUAUACUGGUCCCUUUAAUUUGCUCUAUUACCAGCUACAGAAAUUGACAGGUGAUGUAGAAGAAUUAGAAAUUCAAGAAAAACCUGCUCUGAAAGUGUUCAAAAAUAUUACUGUAAUACAAGAACCAGGCAUGGUGGUAUUAGAAGAUUCCAUAGUUAAUCACUUUGGUGCAGUACAAAAGGUUUCUAAAAAAUUAGAAAUGCACGUUUAUAGCAAGAGAUUGGAGAUCAUGCUCCAGGACAUAUUUGGAGAAGACUGUGUAAGUGUAAAAGAUGGCUCUGUUCUUAGUGUCACAGUGGAUGGAAAAACUGCUAACCUUAACUUGGAGACACGGACCGUAGAAUGUGAAGAAGGAAGUGAAGAUGAUGAAUCUCUCCGAGAAAUGGUGGAACUGGCUGCACAGAGACUAUAUGAGGCCCUUACGCCAGUUCAUUGAUAACUUUUUGUCUGUAUAUGUUAAAACUUUUUAAAAAUACUUGACUCUACUUCUGUUACUUAAAAUAUGUUAGUUUCUCUGGGG